CAGGUAUGACCUUACUGCCUUAUUAACAUGUGUUGACAUGUUAGACCGUUAAUUAGUCUAAUUCUUUAAGCAAUUUACCUACGUGUGGCUUAUUCAGUUUCCUACCAGUUUUUCUUAUUUCUGUUCCUCCUAGUUCCGCAAUAUAAUCGUAGUUUCAUGCAUCUCCACUGAAUUGUGUCAUCUUUUAUCUUCGGUGUUUUCACAACUAGAAACGCGUGAAAACAUACCCUUCUGCAAAUAGUUAUGCUAUCAGACACUCGCCGUUGGUCAGAGAAGUUUGUUAUCAAACAUCCCUGGCAUGAUGUUGUCAGUUCUGUACAAUUUAAAUAUCCCAACCCAUACAAUCCAAAUGUACUAAACAUAGAUGUUAUCAAUCGUCAAGUCGACCUUACCGGUGGUGCUAUGCUCAGUUGCAAGCUGAUUAACUCUUCAUGGCCCAUGUUUCAUAUGGGUCACCUGAAGGCUUUGGAAUAUAGUUGUAUUCAAGUUCCAAACAAAAGAAUGGUUUCUAAUACAAUAAAUAUCGACUUCCAAGGUGUGCUCAGUGGUAUGGAACAUAUGGAGUAUACUGUUCACCCCGAAAACAAAGAUUGGACUGUUCUGGAGCAUUCAAUUUCAGUCAAAGCGUUCUCACUUAUUGCAAUGUCAGCUGUAAGUAUGAGUAAGCAAAAUGCACAUCAGGGUCGCGAGGCUUUGAACUGGGUUAUUGAUUAUCGUCUUCCAGCAAUCCGUUCAUCCCACAGUAAUCGACCCAGCGAACUCACUGGCACCAAUUUUCCUGGACAACUCAAUACACCAUUAUCGAGUAAUGUGCCUUCCUUCUCAAACCCAACUGUUCAAACUAUGGAUUCACCUUUCCAGACAUCUGGACAUGUUACUUUAACCUCACCUACUCUGUCAUCAUCAUAUCAGAAGUCUUCCAAUUCACUGUUUUUUGCCGACAUUCCUAGACAUAUUCCUCCCAGUUCACAGUUUUCUAAAGAUUUUUCUACUCAGUCCCAAAACGAUUCCCUGGAAUCAACAUUAGAGACACUUUCUCGUGACGUCACAUCUAUUACUGACACCAUAGUUAAACGCUCUCAACGAGUAGCACAUCUCUUUUCCGGAAUUGACGAAUAUGUAGUUAUUCUUUAAAUCAAAUUUCUAGCUGCCUUUCCCAUAUCUCUAACUUUUCCCCCUCCUGUACAUUAUGGCUGUUUUUUGUAGAAUAGAAACGAAUCUGUUUCCACUUCUACUCUUAAAACACAGAACUCUAAAGUGCUUAGUUUAUGCUUUUCUAAUAUGGCCAAGUAUGUCAUGAUUUCUCGUCUCGUAAAUAGAAAAUUGUCUUCAUCUAUGGGAUUCACAUAAUUUCUUAUACAAUUCAGUGUGCCGGUUAAAAAUUAAAAGCCAUCUUUGACCUUCAAUCAGAGUGUUUGAAAUAGUUCUAGUCUAUUAAAAGCUAAUCCACAAAACAACUGAUUGUUAUCUAUCAACUCGUUUCGAAUGAAAUAAAUACUUCUUAUAAAGUA